AUGAACGCUGCUAGUUCAUUCCUGAAUCGUAUGGUGGGAACGGCCGCUUCUUUAGUCAAUUCUUCAACACAAAAUAUAUUCACAUAUAAUUUAAACCUUCCUUCUUCACAAACUUUAAUGACGAGUCCAAAUUGUCCUUUGAAUUCUCAGGAUCGAAAAUCAAUAGAAAAAUGUUAUCAUUUAAUGGAAACUGUUAUUCGAUUGUGUCAACAGCCUCGAAUGUUUCUCAAAAAUUCGCCUCCAUUCAUUCUCGAUAUUUUGCCUGACAUUUACAAUCUUCUCAAUAUCAUUUUGACAAAUGAUCCAAACAUUUUACAAAGCAAUCUUUAUUUACGGUUAUUUAUAUCUAAUUUAACCAAUACAUGCAAAAGAACUGUUCGGCUAUUUCAAAAUCAAAAAGAAAAAAUUUUUGAUGAGGCGACUACUGCAAGGAGGCAAUUAACAAUGAAUUCACUAAUUUUUUCUCAUAUGUUUUCUGAAUUAAAAGCAGAAUUUCCCGAUGGAAAAUUCAUUGGAAGUCGAUUUAGAAUUACUAAAAGACAGGCAGAAGAUUUUUGGAAUGAUUCUUUUGGGGCUGACAGAACAAUUGUCUCUUGGGAAGAAUUUAGAAAUGAACUGAAUAAAGUACACAAAUUUUGUGUUGGAAAUGAGACUCAUGCUUUGAAGAAUACUAUUGAUCUCACAUGCAAUGAUCACAUCAGCAAUUUUGAAUUUGAUGUUUUUACCAGACUUUUCCAUCCAUGGGAUUCAUUACUCAAAAAUUGGCAAUGGUUAGCUGUUACACAUCCAGGAUACGUUGCUUUUAUGACAUAUGACGAGGUUAAACAACGGCUUCAGCAAUAUAUUAAUAAACCGGGAAGGUUUCUAUCACUUUUUAUUUUUGCCUUUUAUUUAAUUAUUUUAAGUUAUGUCUUUCGAUUGAGUUGCACACGUUUGGGUCAAUGGGCAAUUGGUUACGUGGCUCCAGAUAAAAAGAUAUAUCAAACAAUUCCACAAAAUAAAUCGUUGAUUCAGUCAUUGGUUGACGGCAGUCGUGAAGGUUUUUAUCUUUACCCAGAUGGACGUCCCAAAAAUAUUGAUCUUUCUUUUGCCAUUCAAUCAAAUACUGAAGGCAAAGUGCAUGUAUCACCUGAGCAAUACCAAAUUUAUUGCGAGAUGGGUACAACUUUUGAAAUGUGUAAAAUUUGUGAUGAACAGAAUAAAAAUGUUAAAUUGGAACCUUGUGGGCAUUUAUUAUGUCGGCCUUGUUUGCAUAAAUGGCAGGUUUGCGAAAGAGAAAUUUUGGUACUUUUCGGUUAUGAGGUCACAUUUUUUAAAAAGUUCUCAAAAUGGUCAAUAUAUCAUAUAUAG